CAAGAAGACAUCUGUGUGAAAAUUAGCACAUAGUCCAAACUCUAGAUAUUUCUAAUUAUACCUCAUUUAAUUUCGGCUUUCUGACAUUGAGUUUCUAUUAAAAAAUUAUAGACCGCGUAUUCUAAACAGAUCUGAAAAAUUCCAGAGUCAUGAUGAUGUUGGAUAUCCCUAAUAAUUAAUGUGCGAUGGUGUGUCAUAAUGAUUAGGUUGGAUUCGAAAAAUUCUAGUUACCAUUGAUUCAUGGUAUCGGAGCAGUUGCGAAUUGUGUAGAAGUGUUAAAAGUGCAGAGUGUGUGGUUUUACUUUGGAUAGAAUUAUGUCGACUUGCUGUGCAAAAGAGAGGAGAGAUGCAUUUCUGGGGGAAACCCAGCCGAUGGUUAGAAAUCGGAAUAGACCCAGAAUAAGGACAUCAUACAUCGUUGCAGGAGUUGUAGUGGUAUUAGUGGUCGGCUUUGUCGUCGCCUAUUCUUUAGGGGCUUUCAAGAAGAAAGAUGGAAAGAAUGAUUUAAUACCACCUAACCCCCAUAAACCACUGCCACCUUCAGCUAGCAGACAGCAUACCUUUACCAAGGCAGCAGUUUGUGCAGAUGGACCGCCCUGUGCCGAGAUUGGAAAAAAUAUCCUCCAGGAUGGAGGAAGUGCUAUAGAUGCUACAAUAGCUACUAUGAUUUGUAAUGGAAUAUACACGAUGCAGAGCAUGGGAGUUGGGGGCGGAUUUUUCAUGACUAUUUACAGUAAGAAGGAAAACAAGGCAUAUACACUGAAUGCAAGGGAAAAAGCACCUCUAAAAGCCGAUCCUGAGAUGUUUAGAUCUAGUCCGAACAUUUCGAAACAUGGUCCUCUUUCCAUAGGUAUCCCAGGGGAAUUGAUGGGAUACCAUGAAGCCCAUAAGCGAUUUGGGCGUCUUCCUUUCGCAAAGCUUGUCGAACCGUCUAUUGCAUUAUGUGAAAAAGGAUACCAGAUGAGCAGACACCAAGAAAUGUCUCUAAGAUUGAAUGAUAUCACGAAUGACACGAACCUUAGGGAAUGGUUCAUGACUGAAGAUGGAAAAUUCAAGAAAGCAGGUGACAAAGUUAUACCGAAGAAGUUUUGCGAAACUUUGAAGAUACUAGCAGCUGAGGGGCCAUUAGCUUUCUACAACGGAUCUCUGGCGCAGAUAGUAGUAGAAGACAUUCAAGCUAUAGGAGGUAUAGUCAGCAAGGAAGAUCUUUCUUCUUAUACGGCAGAGUGGAUGGAACCAGUUAGCAUUCGCUUGAGGGAUGACGAUACCUUUUAUUCAAUCAAACCACCUGGAUCUGGUGUACUUCUUGGCUUCAUAUUAGGCAUACUGAAUAACUAUAAUUUUACAGCAAAUGAUAUAAAAAAUGAUGACAGUACGAUUCUCACAUAUCAUCGUAUCAUAGAAGCUCUCAAGUAUGCCUACGCUAAAAGGACUGAACUUGCUGAUAUGGAUUUUGUCAAUAUUAGUUCACUCAUAAACAAUCUGACAAACGCUGCUUAUGCUAGGAAUAUAUACGAAAAAAUAAUUGACAACAGCACCAAUAACGAUCCAAAAUAUUAUGGUGGAGUAAUAUACAACAAAGAGGAGCAUGGAACAGCUCACAUUUCUGUCAUAUCAGAAGAGGGAGAUGCAGUUUCUGUCACUAGCUCUGUGAAUAUUUAUUUUGGUUGUGGCUAUACUUCCAAUAGGACUGGUAUUAUACUCAACAGCGUUAUGGAUGACUUCUCAUUUCCAUUUUUCAAGAAUUAUUUCGGAUUGCCUGGAUCGCCCAACAAUAAUUUGCAACCUGGAAAGAGACCAUUUUCAUCUAUGAGCCCAUCAAUAAUUGUGGACAAGAACAAUAAUGUGAAGCUUGUUAUUGGAGCAUCUGGAGGAAGCAAAAUAACCAGCUCUGUAGCUGAGGUCAUCAUGAGAACCUUAUGGUUUGGACAAAAUCUGAAAGAAGCUGUUGACGCUCCUCGAUUUUAUCAUCAGUUGUAUCCAAUGGUUGUGCAAUACGAUUAUGGAGUGUUACAGCAAAUCGUGGAAGGACUGGAGAAAAUAGGUCAUAAAACAGAAAGGACCUUGGGUUCGUCUUCAAUAAUUUGCGCCCUUCUGAAGACAGCUCAACAAAUUGUGGCAAAUGCAGAUUACAGGAAGGGUGGAGAAGUUUUCGGCUUGAACUGAACCAAAACGAUACCUUCUUAGCAAGAGGGAAGCCAAAGACUCUAACUGAAUUUGUAUUGUGCUAAAUGUUACAACCCCAUCUUCCUAUUGAUGCUCAUCGUUUCAAACCAAUACUUUGUUUCUUCUUCUAUUUAUUCUGUAGCUUCCUUCAUUCUUCACCUCUUCCGUGAAACUUUACGCUAUAGUGGAAUAUUUCUCGAAUAUCCCCCAUGCUCAAUGUUUCCAGAAUGCUUUCGAAAGCUUCGUUCCAAUUCAGUAUUUAUAUUCCUUGAACCGAAUGUAUUAUUUUGCGAAUACUACUUACAUUUAUGAGACAAUGCUUUGAUGUGAAGAUUGCUGUUUUAAUGUAAAUAUAUUUAUACGAUUUUAUUACUGUUAAUAUGUAAAAUAAUUUCUCUCUCUAAUGAAAAAUUCGAAGUUUUA